CGGAUUCGGAGCUCCUGCGGAGCUGAGCCCUAUAGGGGUCCUGGAACCGCGUGGUACUGACCCUGGUUCCCGACUCACCGUGUUCUCGCGACGCCACUGGCUGGACCCCGGGAUGCCGGGCGUCUGCGCCCGGGGCCUCUCUCACGGGGAGAGGAAGCAGCUAGCCGUGAACCUCACCCGUGUCCUGGCGCUCUACCGUUCCAUCCUGGACGCUUACAUCAUCGAAUUUUUUACUGACGACCUGUGGGGCACAUUGCCUUGCACGUGGCAGGAAGCGCUGGAUGGACUGAACCCGCCACAGCUCGCCACGCUGCUGCUGGGGAUGCCUGGGGAAGGUGAAGUGGUCAGGUACAGGUCAGUGUGGCCACUCACCCUGCUGGCCCUGAAGUCCACAGCCUAUGCCCUGGCCUUUACCCGGACACCUGGGUCUCAGACCCCCUCAGAGUUCCUGGAGAACCCCAGCCAGAGCUCCCGACUGACAGCUCCGUUCCGGAAACACAUCAGACCUAAGAAGCAGCAUGAGAUCUGGAGGCUGGGUGAGUUGGUGAAGAAGCUGAGUGACCUCACAGGCUGCACCCAGGUUGUGGACGUAGGCUCAGGCCAGGGCCAUCUCUCCCGAUUCAUGUCCCUGGGGCUGGGGCUGAUGGUGAAGAGCAUUGAAGGGGACCAGAGACUAGUGGAAAGAGCCCAGUGCCUGGACCAGGAACUCUUGCAGGCUCUGGAGAAAGAGGAGAGGAGGAACCCACAGGCGGUCCCGACUGGCCCUCGACACUCCCCGCACCAUGUGGUUCGGUGGGUAGACCCCACGGCUCUGUGUGAGGAGCUUCUGGUUCCCCUGGAGAACGCGCCUCCGAGCGGUGCCCGCCUGCUGCUCACAGGCCUCCACGCCUGUGGGGACCUGAGUGUCUCCUUGCUCAGGCACUUCAGCUGCUGCCCGGAGGUGACGGCCCUGGCCUCGGUGGGUUGCUGCUACAUGAAGCUGAGUGACCCUGGCGGGUACCCGCUGAGUCAGUGGGUGGCCGGGCUGCCUGGCUGUGAACUGCCCUACAGGCUGCGGGAGGGCGCCUGCCACGCCCUGGAGGAAUAUGCUGAGCGGCUGCAGAAAGCAGGCCCCGGCCUCCGGACCCACUGCUACCGGGCAGCACUGGAGACAGUCAUCCGGCGUGCCCAACCGGAGCUGCGCCGCCCUGGUGUGCAGGGGAUCCCCCGGGUCCACGAGCUCAAGAUCGAAGAAUACGUGCAGCGGGGGCUGCGGCGAGUGGGGCUGGACCCCCAGUUGCCGCUGAAUCUGGCUGCCCUUCGGGCCCACCAGGCCCAGGAGAACCGUGUGGUAGCCUUCUUCACCCUGGCUCUGCUGCUGGCCCCGCUGGUGGAGACCCUGAUUCUACUGGACCGGCUGCUUUACCUUCAAGAGCAGGGCUUCCAUGCUGAGCUCCUGCCCAUCUUCAGCCCUGAACUCUCUCCCAGAAACCUGGUUCUUGUGGCCACCAAGAGGCCCCUGGGUGAGGCCCUGUCUGUGCUAGAGACUGAAGACAGCUGACACAGCCUGAGGAAGGGCCCACCUCAGACUCCACCUGAAGCUGCCCAGGUGCCACACACCAGGUGGCAGGGUCCGCACAUCUUGCUCAGAAAACCAGCAUCCUGUCCUGGAAUCCUGGUUCCCCACAACCCUUUAGCUUCGUAUGCUUUCUCCCCCUCUAUGUGUUAUGUAAUAUUAUGUAAAAUUUUAUUUUUAAUUUACUAAACAGUGGAAAUCUCUA